GAUCACUUCCGCCUGGCUGCAGGAACAAGAAGCCGGAGCAUCUCUUCCACCGAGCAGCUCCUUGUCCGUGUCAUGGAGAGCAGAUGAGCCGCCCCUGAGAGGCUCCGCACACCGACCAGCGUCUGCACGGGAGCGGGAGACACUCGCCGAGGAGGCUGUGAGGACUGCUGAAGAUGUCCGAUAGUGUGGAUAUUGAAGAGAAACCUCCAGCCCCCCCUCUUAGAAUGAACAGUAAUAACCGCGAUUCUUCAGCGUUAAAUCACUGCUCGAAACCACUACCCAUGGCACCCGAGGAGAAGAACAAGAAGGCCAGGCUGCGCUCAAUUUUCCCAGGAGGAGGGGAUAAAACCAACAAAAAGAAAGAGAAGGAGCGUCCAGAGAUCUCCCUCCCUUCAGACUUUGAGCACACCAUCCAUGUUGGCUUUGACGCGGUGACGGGAGAGUUCACUGGAAUCCCAGAGCAAUGGGCUAGAUUACUGCAGACCUCAAAUAUUACCAAACUGGAGCAGAAGAAGAACCCUCAGGCUGUGUUAGAUGUUCUCAAAUUCUACGAUUCCAAAGAGACUGUGAACAACCAGAAGUAUAUGAGCUUUACAUCUGGAGACAAAAGCGCACACGGAUAUAUAGCUGCUCACUCUUUGAAUACAAAGACCGCAUCAGAGCCCCCUCUAGCCCCUCCUGUCUCCGAGGAGGAGGAUGAAGAAGAGGAAGAAGAGGAGGAUGAGCCCCCACCUGUAAUAGCCCCACGUCCUGAACAUACAAAAUCUAUUUAUACGCGGUCUGUAAUUGAACCAGUAGCUGUACCUGUACCAGCUAAAGAGGCCUCGACUUCCCCAGUAACCACCCAACCAGAAAACUCAAGCACGAGCACUUUGUACAGGAAUACCGACCGGCAACGCAAAAAAUCCAAGAUGACAGAUGAAGAAAUCCUGGAGAAAUUAAGAAGCAUUGUAAGUGUGGGUGAUCCCAAAAAGAAGUACACAAGGUUUGAAAAGAUUGGCCAAGGGGCAUCUGGUACAGUGUACACCGCUAUAGACAUUGCUACAGGACAAGAGGUAGCAAUAAAGCAAAUGAACCUUCAACAGCAGCCCAAAAAAGAAUUAAUUAUUAAUGAGAUCUUGGUCAUGAGGGAAAAUAAAAAUCCUAACAUUGUGAAUUAUUUAGACAGUUAUCUGGUUGGGGAUGAGCUCUGGGUAGUGAUGGAGUACCUGGCCGGGGGAUCUUUGACUGAUGUCGUAACAGAAACGUGUAUGGAUGAAGGACAGAUUGCAGCUGUUUGUCGAGAGUGCCUACAAGCCUUGGACUUCUUGCAUUCAAAUCAAGUGAUACACCGAGAUAUCAAGAGUGACAACAUAUUGCUUGGGAUGGAUGGAUCAGUUAAACUUACUGACUUUGGUUUCUGCGCUCAGAUUACGCCUGAGCAAAGUAAACGUAGCACAAUGGUGGGGACACCUUACUGGAUGGCUCCUGAAGUGGUGACGAGAAAAGCCUAUGGACCUAAGGUGGACAUUUGGUCCUUAGGAAUAAUGGCCAUAGAAAUGGUUGAAGGAGAACCGCCUUACCUUAAUGAAAACCCUCUCCGAGCGUUGUACCUGAUCGCAACCAAUGGAACGCCAGAACUGCAAAAUCCUGAGAGACUGUCAGCUGUUUUCAGAGAUUUCCUCAACCGAUGCCUAGAGAUGGAUGUGGACAGAAGAGGUUCUGCCAAGGAGCUUCUACAGCAUCCAUUUUUGAAACUAGCCAAGCCUCUUUCUAGUCUGACUCCAUUGAUUAUAGCAGCAAAGGAAGCCAUUAAGAACAGCAGCCGCUAGCUACGCCGGACUCGAGCUGUAGCCUUCACGUGAGAACACAGAACUCAGCAGAAUCUGCAAACCUCAUCCCCUCACAGCAGGAUUAACCAGCUACUGUCCUGGGGAAACAUACCCCACCAUGAUGCACCUACUCGUGUCUUCUUCUACCUGCCCUCUUGGAUUCCUCAAACUCCAAUUUUAUUUUUUAUUGUAAGUAGGAACAGGACUUAAAAUUCUAGGCACGUUACAAAGAAAUGGUGCUGCACGUCCACACGUUAAUCCGCUGCAGAAACUCUCCGUAGAUGGGUUCUUUCAUAACGGACGAUUCAUUUUCUGUCUGGUUACUUCUUUGCUUUGUAUUAAAAGAGAAAAAAAAACUUAAAAAAAUGUUUCUGCAUUUCCAAAUAUGCAGCAUCUGUAACAGGUCUGAUGGUCUUUGUAGGCCUCGAAUCCCCCUUAUUCUACUGGUCUCACGUCCCUGUUUUCACCACAGGGUCUGUUUACUUACGGUACAAUUUGCAUGUAAGAGCAACCAUUCAACAACGGAGGGUACAUUGUGUUGUACAUGACACAACCAGAUUAGAUCAUACAACAUGGAGAACGUUGCGCAUCAGAAGAAGCAUUUGGUACCUCCCCAGGCUUUGCAGAGGUUAAUAAAGAGGAAGGAAUAUGGCACAAAUAUUGUCUGGAAAUAUGUGGCUCAGUUUGAUACUGUUCACCCUUUUUAGUGCUGUUGUUUUAGCAUAUAAGAAGAUUUCUGUGGCCAAACGUUCACUUUUAGAAGAUAAUCAAUAGGCACCUAUAGUCUACAAACUCGGGGGACGCAGCCAUCUUGGGCUAAACUAUUCGCUAGGGUUUUCCAGGUUGUUAAUUGCCUAGGGGUAGAAAUUAUAUUUAUAUAAUACUCUACCACACCAGUCACGAAGUGGGUCAGUGAAGUUACAAAAUGGCUGACGACACCAUGUAUAGGCUGCAUGCAUUGUGUGAAGGUGACUCUUUGGUGAAUCAUGCUAAACAGCAAUUAAAUAAUUCUCUUAUUGUUAUUACUUUUUUUUUUUUUUUUUUAUUAAACACCAAAGACAAAAAUAGGCUAAGAAAUUGGUAAUUAUCCACCUACUGAAAUGCUGUACCUUUUGUCAUAAUUUGAGGAAUUCCUGUAUCAAAAUGGUCUGGUCUCCUACCGUAGCAGAUCAUACAAAGGAUGAAAGAUCUUUGAUUAAAGAAUGUUCCCCGAAAGAUCGUUCAUCCAUCUGGUAUUAUUGAAUGUGUAUGGGCCGUUUGAACAACUGUAAAGGCCAGCAUGGACUAAACUAUUUAUGGCUGUGUCUGUGAAAGGAAGGUUCACCAGAUGUUUUUUCAACUGCUUUUCGACCAUCAACUAACCUCUAGCUGUAAUGUGUAGGGGAACCAUUAGUGCCAUGUUGGUUCUGCCAGAUGAUGAGUGGUAUAAGAACGUAGAGCUGAAGUCAUCCAGGAGGCUUCUAGAACUAGGGGUUAUCUCCUGGAAGAGCUGGCAAGUCCUCCUACUGUAUAUAGCGCAUAGAGAGCUGCUUGCUCUUGGAAAGCAGCUCUCCUUUAGCCGUAUAUGUGGCCCUGUGAUGCCGCAGCAUCCGACUCAACCCCAGCGCCCAUAUGUGCUCUGAGGGGGUGAUAUACGUCAUUACAGGGACAUGGCCUGCAAGGGAAAGGUGCAUGGACUUUGAAAAAAGGGGUAUGUCCACAGCAAUGUGUUGGCAAGUAUGAAUGAAGUUUGAAAUCUAUUGAGCUACAGUAAAAAAAAAUUGGAACAUCUUCAACUGAACGACAGAAACAUUGACAGAGUGUGCGUAAUCUUAAAGGAUCUGGGAUUAAGAUUUCAAAAUUCAUUGCAAGUGACUAGAAAUAACAUUUUAGCAGAGAUGUUACUUAGACCAUUAUGUGAAAAGGAUGAGCUGGAUUUAGUCCCAGAAUCGUUGAUCGAUCUCCAUAUUCAGUACUGCAGGGAAUGAAGACAAGCUCAUAGUAGAGAUCAUAUACAACGUUAUUGUGUAUAGUUUGGCACGGCAUGGACAGGCCCGCUCCACGGUCGCAAGAGCAGUUGAUGCUUUGCAGCUCUCCCCUAUGGGUCAUAGUGUAAAGAGGUCCUUUUUUUAUUUAUUCUAGGGCAGUGUAAAACAAAAUUCAAUCUAGUGCUGUAAUGUAAUAUUUUACAGUUAAAAUGAAACGUAGAAGGGGUUACUCUUAUUGUAAGGGUUAAUCUGCAAGGUAUACUGGGAUUUUAUUUGGAAUAGCACAAAGAGAAGAGCAUGACAGUUUUAAAAAGGGGAGUGUUAUCUUCAAGACGGUACAAAACGAAAAAGAUAAAAAUAAAAUCUUUAGAUCUUGGAUGGUACGUUUUGUCUGGAAUCUUCAUAUUCACACUUAUGUACCGUAUUUGCUACCGGUACAUUUUAGGAUAUGGCCACACAUAGCAGCUGCUGUGGAUUUUGCCUCAUUUUCAGAAAUUCCACAUUUCACAUGAGUUUUGCUGUGUAUUUACUGCAAGUUUCAACCUGUGCAGAUUUAAAUCUGCACCAGAGGUCAAUUUCUGUUGCAGAUUUUUUUCGCAAUGCGUCAAUGUGAUUUCUUUCCAUCUCCUUCACUUUGCUGGUACUGUAAAACGCUGCGGAUUUGCAGUGCAGAUGUUUCAUCCUAUAUUUAUUUAUGACUUAUUUUCUUAUGUUUCUUUUAUUUGGUUCUUAUUAUGCCAUGUUCUGCACAGUUCUGCAUUGUUUGAAUGUUCGGCUCUGCUUAUUUUAUUUUUUUUAGAAAUAGAUUGCAGGCUUUCUAUGAGAAUCAAAAGAAUGAAAAUGACACCAAAAAGGGCAGGAGAAAGCAGCCAGACCAAAUUCUAUAAAAUAUUUCCUGCCUGUGCCGCUAUGACUGUGGUAGAGCACUAUUCUUCAGCCAUGUGAGCAGCGCUCUCCGCCCCUGUGCGCUUUUAUAGAGGUUCUGAUUUCUGUUUCAUCACUGUUAACAGCCCGACAAAUGUGCAGUUAUGACAUGAUUGGUGGAAAGUGAAGAAAGCCGCAAUCUAAACAGUUCCAAUAUUGCUGUUAACAGAUCUCCUUUAAUAUAUUGCUUUCCACGUUCUAGACCUCAGGAACCGUCAAAGCCCUUUGAUGUUCCUUAUGGAUAAGUUGUAAUAAAACUUGGUACUGUAUCUGGAAAUUUGCUUGUUUCCAGUUCAUUUAGAUUGGUUGUUGACCAGUAAAAUGCUGGUAAUGUUAAAGGUCAAUUAUCAAAAGAGAUGGGACUAUAGAGAAGAUGCUUAACAUCAUAUUAUGUCCAAUUAAUGAAGUACUAGGCAAGAGUCUUACACAUCCAAUUACACACAUGCAUCCUGGGCUUCUCUCCUCUUGGGACAGAACCUAUCUUGAGGAGAAGGGAAACCUUCCUGUUCUUGCAAUUAAAAGGGUUGUCUGAGAUAUUUUUACUGAUGAUCGGUUGGGGUCUGACACCCGGGACCCCCGGCGAGUAGCAGUUUGAAAAGCCAUCGGCACUCGCAGUAGCGUUGUGGCUUUCUCCUUGCUGACCAAGCACGUCUCCAUCCAUGUCACUGUGCUUGGUAUCGCAGGUCAGCCCCAUUCACUUCAGUAAGGGCUGAGCUGCUCCUAGUGUAUGUGAGCAGUGAGCGUGACGUCACAUGGCCUAGGAAAAGCUGGAGAAGACCGCUGCACUGCAGAGAGCGUCGGUGCCCUCAAACAGAUCAUCAGGGGCCCCAGGUGUUGGACCCGCACUAAUCAGAUACUGAUGACUAAUCCAGAGGAUAGGCCAUCAGUAAAAAUAUCUCUGAAAACCCCUUUAAAGAUAUAUUGGAGAGCAGAACUCAUUAAUGCAAGUGUGGAACGUAGUCUAAAAGCUACUGGUUGACUACACUUAGCAAGAAAAUAGGCCAAAAAAGAGACCAAUUCACUUGAUUUUCUUUUUUUUAUUGAUUUUAAUGAAUAUAGUGCUCUAUGUGUGAAGGGCUGUGACUGAGCCAGUUGCCCCUGAAGUUUUAACCAUAAUUUAAACACAUGAAUAGGUGGAAAGCCCCCUGUAGUAUCCAGAUUUUUUUGUAACCCGAACUUUGUAUAUGUGCAGCAUCAUACUGAGCCAAAUGUUACUAGCGGACAUUUGCUACAUAUGACAAAUGGUACAAUUGUAACAGAAAUCCCCCUGUGGAAUUCCUUUACUGUAGAUACGCACUGUAUGAUCUAUGGUGCACCCUUUCACGGGUUCUGUAAGUUGGGGAUAAAAUCGUAAGGAUUUGUACUCCUAAAGGUGUCACUUUGUAUUCCACGUCCUCAGAUCAUGUCUCAUGUAAUGCGUUAUCCAGCAGGCAUCCAGCUUCUGUGUAUGUGGCCAUUCUGUCACCUGAAAACGAUACCGGUACAUCCACAUCUGGAGUUCUAGUUUUACAAGUUCUGACUGAGCAGUAUAUUCACAGGGUACCUGUUUGUUAAUUUCCAGUACUGUGACGGGACAGUUUGUCAAUUUUUGCUAAAUUUUCUUCCAACAAAAAACAGGCUUACUAAAAGAAAUCUGGUGUUAUAAAUAUAUUAUAUCCCCAUUGUCUCUCUCAACUGUAACACAUUUGCUGUACAUUCCUCUUUUUUAGGGUGUGUUAUCUGUAAAAUACAAAAAAUGUGUAGUGAUAUCAUUCUGUAACUUUUUGGAGAUUUUUUUUUAAAAUUGGAAUUAAGUUAUUUAUGUUGGAUAUACGCUGAGAAUACAGGAUGGUCUGAAUACCUCAGUGUCUAAUCUUUCCUUUUUUUUUUUAAGAAAAACAAAAAAACUAAAUCUUUUGCAUUUUAUUUUGGGACAUUUAAGUUAAUUUAAAUUGUGGUUGAAGCAAUAGAAAAUUGAAAUAUGGAUUGUGCAUGACUGUGUCUUGAGUGUAAAAAUAUUGCAGUUUGAAAUCUGGACCUGCAGUAUUGUGAAUAAAAGUUAGAAAUGCCA